AUGGGCACCGUAGAAGAUGUAACUCGGCUGUUUCCCAAGAUAAGAGAAUGGAUCCAUGAUCGUGACGAGGAUGGUCACACGGCACUUCAUCAUGCUGCAAAAAAUGAACAGAAGAAUGAAGGGGAGAAGAUAGUGACGCUGUUGUUAGAGAAGGGUGCAUACGUCAAUGUUGCAGAUCGUUGGCAGCGUACCGUCUUUCACUAUGCAACUUUAGCAGGUAAUGUGCAUGUACUGAGAGCAAUAAUAUUGCAUAGGAAGUAUUUGCAUGUCGAUGCUGUAGAUAUAGAGGGCAACACUGCACUUCAUUAUGCUUCUGGUAUCGGCAAUGAGGACAUUGUAGAUAUACUAGUCAAUAUUGGGGCAGACAUCAACGCUGAUGAUGAGUCCGGCUGUACUGCGUUGCACGAAGCAUCGAAAAAUUGUCACAAGGAGGUAGUAAAGAUGCUGCUCAACAAAGGAGCACUAUUCGAUAAUGGAGAUAAAUCCGGGCGUACCGCACUAAACUUAGCGUCGGCGAGGGGCUACAUCGAGAUAGUAAACAUGCUGCUCAACAAAGGAGCACACGUUGAUGCUAGAGACAGGUCCAGGCGUACUGCACUACAUGCAGCGUCGGAAAAUGGCCACGAGGAGGUUGUGAAGGCGUUGUUGGAGAGGGGAGCAGAUACCAACGCUAAAGACAAGUUUAGGUGUACCGCACUAUACUUUGCUUCACGGGAAGGCCAUGAGGGAGUGGUAAAGAUACUGCUUGCUCAAGGAGCACAGGUCAAUGCUAGAGGUAAACUCGGGUCUACUGCGCUCUACGAAGCGUCGCAAAAUGGCCAUAAGGGGGUAGUAGAGAUGCUGCUUAACAAAGAAGCAGACGUCGAGGCUAUAGAGCAAUUCAGACGUACUGCACUAUACGUAGCGUCGGAGAAGGGCUACAUCGAGGUAGUAGAUAUGCUGCUCGACAGAAAAGCACACGUCGAUGCUAGAGAUGACAUCGGGUGUACGGCACUACACGUAGCGUCGGCAAACGGCCACAAGAAGGUAGUGAAACGGCUGCUCGACGGAGGAGCAGACAUAAAUGCUCGGGACGAAAACAACGACACCGCACUUCACUUUUCGUCACGGAAAGGCCGCGGCGGAGUGGUGGAGAUACUGCUCGAUGAAGGAGCACACGUCGAUACUAGAGGUAAAUUCCGGCGUACUGCACUCCACGUAGCGUCGGCACAUGGCCGCAAAGGGGUAGUGGAACAACUACUCAAAAAAAGAGCAGACAUUCAUGCUACGGACGAAAAACAGCGUACCGCACUUUACUUUUCAUCACUAAAAGGCCAUGAGGAUGUGGUAAGGAUACUGCUCGACAAAGGAGCACACGUCGAUGCUAGAGACAGAUUCGGGUUUACGGCACUACACGCAGUGUCAGCAAAUGGACACGAUAGGGUGGUAACGAUACUUCUGGAUAGGGGAGCUAAAAUCGAGACAAAGAAUUCUUACGGCCAUACAGCCCUUCAGCUUGCUAUGCUAUAUGGUCUUGACCAUAUAGUAAAUGAGCUGAGCCGCAGAGAAGCAAAGUCCAUAGGCAAGUAA